ACCGCCAGGGUGUUUCUAAUUUUCUUAUUAUUAAUCAAUAGUUUGAUUGCUUUUCUAAACAUGAAAAUAAAAAUAUAGAAAAAUUUAUGAAUUGUGCAUGCGCACAGAAAAGUGGGAGAACAUUUAACACAUAAAACACCCAGAGUGGGAGUAAAAACCGACGACACCCGAGGUGCAUUCUCUUGUUGAUAGGAUGACAAUAUCAAUGUUUCUGGUUAACGAAAAAUUAACCCUGAUAGCGACACCUUACUCAGUAAGGUCUGCAGUGAAACAUUUUCGAUUAAAUUAACGAGAAAGUUUCUGGCAAGCUUGGCUGGAUAAAAUACUUUCCUUUAAGUUGGCUUCUAGUUAACCUUGGCAAACACUUGGCCAAGGCGACUAAAUUAUCCCAGUUAAUUGUGUAUAUCGCAGAGUUAAAAGAAAACUUGUGUUAAUUUAAGGCAUCAAGUUAAAAUGCCUCUUAAAAAAAUUGAACGAAAUGUUCAUAAAACCGUCGAUACAUGGGUAAUAAAUGAUUUAAAUCAAUAUUAUUCACUUAUAAAUCGUAGGAAGGGGAGCAUCGAAAUAGUUCAUAACUUUUCAUCUACAUUUAGAGGCUAUGUCAGCGAGUGGUGCGUCAAAGUGUGUCUUUAUAAUCGUAAAUUUCCUAAUGGAAUGAGUUUAUCAUUCAAUAAUACUGUAAACGGAUUAGUUAAUGUCACCUGUAACUUUUACCUGGUUGACAUCGAUAAAAAUUAUCACUUCGUCGGACGAAAAAACCGAAAAGCUACAAAUAAUUUGCAAAACCCUUCAGUUUUUGGAAGUCUUUUUGCUCAUUCGCAUUUACCAAGAAAAAAAGAAGAAUUGCUUCCAAACAAUACCAUGACACUGCACAUAGAACUUUUAACUUACUUCGAUGAUAAUCCUAUAUUUCCUAUUCAAAGUUUGUACUUUACUAACGUUCCCGUUGACGAUUUACCUGAAGAAUACUUGGAUUUAUAUAACCACCGAAAAAAUGGUGAUGUUAUUAUAUGGGUGCAGGAUAAUCAAUUUCCUGUGCAUGGAAUUGUUUUAAAAACAAGGUGUUCUGAAUGGUACAAUGAUGUUGCUUGUCAUCAACUAUCAUCUGGCAACAAUAACAAUAAUGAAUUAACUCUUAAGGGUAUUGAUCCAGAGAUAUUUAAAAGAGUUUUAGAAUAUAUCUAUACUGGCAAAGUCAACGACUUAGAUGAUUAUUCAGAGUAUUUACUAGAAGCUGCUGAUAAGUUUAAAUUAAUAAGACUGAAACAAAUGUGUCAAAUAUCGAUCGGAAACAACUAUUUAACUGCUGAAAAUUGUAAAGAGGUUUUCGAUUUCGCUACUCGUUGUCACGCUAAAGAAUUAAGAUUUGCCGCCGGUCUUAAUCUGACGAAGAUGAAAUACGGCGGUUUCUACGGUCUAGUAUAAAUGGUGUGUCGACUAGACGUGACAUCAGAAAAGAGCCGAUUGUUUUUAUAUUAACAGAGAUCACUUUGUUCAUUUGUAAUAUCAUUUUUGGUCAUGAAAAUUUCUAUUAUUACGAAAUGACCGAUUAAUUAGUUUACCAAUUUGUUCAUUGAACUUAACUUCUGUUUGCCUUUUUUCCGUUCGCUACAUCCUUUAAUAAAAACUCGAAUUAGCUAGGGCUUCACUCAAGAUCGAGAUUGUAUUGGUCUUGUCUUGACCUCGUCUCGAUUUGUCAAGACAAGACCAAGACGAUAUUAUAGAUCGCAAUUCAAGACCAAGACCAAUAUCAUUAAAAACAUCUCGCUAAGUCUUGACAAGACAUAAAAAAAUAAGUAUAAGUAUAUGAGAAUUACUCGUAAUAAGACUCCACGCUUUCAGAAAGAUUAUUAAUUAAUUAUAAUAAUGUUUAUUGGGUUAAAAAGUUAAAACAUUUUAGAAGUACUUGAAGCGAUCAAGUAUAUUUUUAUAAGAUUUAAAAAAUAAUAAAUUUUUCCUUUAUUGAAAAAAAAAUUCUCAACUGUGUGUUGUAUUAUGACUGAUAUUAAGAAAAUUUCAGGUUAUUCAAGACCAAGACGAGAUCUUGACGAGACAAUACAAGACAAUAUUAUUAAUAACUUAUUUUUCGAAAUCGAUGCAAGACUUACAUUUUGAAGUCAAGAUCAAGACGAGAUCAAAGCUUUCGAGAUCAAGACAAGACUUUCCCAAUCUUGUCUUGUCUCGGCUCGAGUGAAGCCCUAGAAUUAGCUUUCUAUUAACUUAAGAUCUGAAUUUAAAUGGAAUAUAUUUAAAGGUAUUUAUUUGAGUUUUUAAUCAAUGUACCGUAUAUAAAUUGUACUUUUUUAACUGCAAGU